UUUAUUAAAUAUUCCACAUAAAAUUUUAUAAAUGCACAGACUGAUCGUGAGCGACUGCCAAGAGCUUAUUCAUUGUGCCAAAGUUUGUGGAGCGGCAAGCACAACCAUAUUUGUGGACGCCUUCUAUUCUUCUAAAUUUCGAAAUUUCGCGUUUUCAUUGCGCUUGGUGUAAUAAAUUAAUGAAUAGRAGCAAUAAUCAACGGCAAACAUGUUAUCGAGGCAUUUAAAGCAAAUUGAUCACAUCGGCUGGCGUCAUUUGCGCGUUUCAAGGGUACGAACUUUUGCAGCGCAAGUUGAGUCUAAGCAAAACAAUGCAAGUGAUGUGGACUUGGAAAACGCACGACCGUACUCAGAUGUACCUGGGCCAAGCAAGUUCGAGUUGAUACGUUUAUUCAUGCCUGGAGGUUUGUUCUCCAAAAAACCAUUUUUUACCGCCAUUCGGGAAAUGGAAAAGACRUAUGGACAAAUUUUUCGCUUUCCCGGCAUAUUUGACAAACCCGAAAUUGUAAUUAAUUUAAACCCCUCGGAUUAUUCGAUUAUUUUUCGUAAUGAAGGGUUAUGGCCCGAUCGCCGCGUUUUCGAAACUACCGUCUAUCAUCGUGAAAAACAUCGGCCUGAAUUGUUUCACGGGGUCGAGGGUAUUAUAUCAACAUCUGGUGAAAAAUGGGCGAAAAUGCGUACGGCUGUGAAUCCUAUACUCAUGCAACCGAAAAAUGCCAAGCUAUACUUGAAUACGCUCUUGGAGAUUAACGACGAGUUCUUAGAAAGAAUACGGUACAUACGCGAUCCCAGUACUUUGGAAGUGCCCGGCGGUUUCCUCGAUGAUAUUAAUCGACUCGCUUUUGAGGGCAUCGCAGGCGUUGCGCUGAACACACGUCUCGGUUUAAUACACAAAAAUCGUGACACGGCCGAGUGUGAAACGAUCAUGAAGUGCGUACGGAAUUUCUUCGUACUCUCCGAAGAACUAGAGAUUAAACCAUCCAUAUGGAARUAUGUGAAAACACCGAAAUUUAAGGAAAUGAUGAAGACAUUAGACACGAUGACGGACAUCUGCAAUAAGUACAUUAACGAAGCGCUAAUGCGUAUUGAACACGACRGUGAGGGCAACCUCACAUCGGAGCUGGGCAAAGAGAAGAGCGUUUUGGAGAAAUUAGUGCGUGUUGAUAAGAAAUUCGCCGUGGUAAUGGCUUUAGAUAUGAUGUUAGCUGGCAUUGAUACGACGAGCUCCACUUUGACUGGCCUAUUGUUAUGCAUUGCCAAGAAUCCCGAUAAACAACAAAAGCUAYUUGAAGAAAUUAAGCAAAUAUUGCCAGAGAAAGAAUCACAGUUGACAACUGAAAAUAUGCAAAAUCUGCCUUACCUGCGYGCCUGCAUCAAAGAGGGCAUACGUUGUUAUCCCAUCCUACCGGGUACGGUGCGUCGUUUGCCCAAUGAUGUAGUGCUGAGCGGCUAUCGUAUACCUGCCGGUACCGACAUAUCCAUAGGCGCCAAUCUGUUGAUGCAUGAUGAACGCUAUGUGCCACAGCCGGAUAAAUUUAUACCGGAACGUUGGCUGCGUAACGAUCAAUCCGCCCAAGCUUUGGAAGGGCAAAUUACCAAUCCAUUUUUGUAUGUACCCUUCGGCUUUGGUCCACGCAGUUGUGUGGGCAAGCGUGUCGUCAAUUUGGAGCUAGAAAUAACAUUGUCACGUUUGGUGCGAAAUUUUCAAAUUGAAUUUAAUUACCCGASCGAAAAUGCAUUCGCUAUGAAGUUCAUGAGUGUGCCGCAAAUACCGCUCAAAUUCAAAUUCAUCGAGAGAGGAGCGUAGCGUUAGGCAUGAGAAUUGAUGAAAACUCAUUAUAAGUUGCAGUUAUGUUAUUAUAACAUAUUAAGCCCUGAAAAGAAUUACUUAACAAAGGCUCAUGUAUUCUUACUUGCGAUCAGAUAUUAAAAACAGUUGAAAUUUGUGAAAAUGUAUUUUGGCAUUCAUCAAUAUUUUGAUAUAAAUAUAAAAUCUUAAAAAUAUGUAAAUUUCGAAAUUAAAAAAAGUUCUAACUACAUUAGACCAAGGAAAGACCAAUAAAUUUCUCCUAUAUCUAAUCAAACUUCAA